AUGACUUUCAGAAUUUUUUUGUGUAAGCGAGAAGCGUUGCGUGUUGGUAAGAAUAAUUUCAUCAACCACGCCAAGUUCGAUUUCGAUUUCGAAACCUAUAGCCCCAUUCAGCGUAUCUUCUCUUGUCUUUCGCUGAUUUUGGCAACAAUUAAUAAGCUGCUGAGAGCCUGCAUUAGUUAUUAAAUUGGUAGAUUGCAUAGUUAGCGCGUUUGAUGCCAUUGUUGGUUCGUUCCGCGCUGCUUGUUAAUUGACAAGUUCGUUCGUUCAUUCGUUCCUUCGUUCGUUUGUUGAAUCGUUGGUGGGUCAUUACGUCUUUUAAUUUGUUUCCGUGAUUGGUUAUUUUGUUUCUUCGCUGGUCGGUCCGGCAGCUACCUACGUUGUUUAUUGUCUGUUGAAUAGCCUUUUCGUUAUUUGUUACUUUCUUGCGAUACAUCAUCAGUGGUGUAGCCAGCCCGACAAUAUAUAUAGUUCCGCUAUGCAAAUUCAAAAUUACUAUCAUUAUUCAUUUCUUUAGAAACUGAUUGUUUUCACAGUCAAUGAACUCGAAAAUAUUUGCAUAGCGGGAAUAAAUCGUCGGGCUGGCUAUGUUACUGUACAUCUUUGUUAACCCAUUUUUAAAAAAUAUUUUGUUUCUGACUGCAGUUGGUGCCAGGGUGUUCGCCCGCUGGACAAAUGGGUUAUACUACAAAAGUUUCGUCAGCAAGUCCAGUUUGUCGUCAGUCUCAGUAACGUAUGAUGACGGAGCCAAAAUUACUCUUCCAAAGAAUGACAAAGCUGCCGUUAUCCUUGACAAAAUCCCAGAAGAGGACCAGGUCAAGAUAGACCAGAGGGUGAUUGCUUAUUGGCCAAGCCAAGUGAGAUACUACCCAGCGUAUAUCUCACAAUUCUGCGAAGACGGAAACAAGUAUUUGGCUAAGUUUGACGAUGGAAGCGAACGUUGUCAAGCGAUUUACGAGAUACGCAUCGUUCCCUAG